UAAUGAGAACAGCGAAGUUGGAAAGACUGGCAGCUAGCUCAUCAUCUCAUGUGAUUUAUUUUUUGUUCGACCUGAUUCUUACCUGAAGCCAUUACCACCUCCGUAACCAUGGCGACAGAGAGCGGAGGACAUCAGCUGCAGCUCGCAAUAAUUGAUGUGGAAGGGAUGACAUGUAACUCCUGUGUGAGGAGUAUAGAGGAACGCAUGGGUGAUACCAAGGGAGUCUAUCUUGUGAAGGUGUCGCUGUCAGAGAAAAGAGCAUUCGUGACCUUUGACCCUACAGACAUUGACCAAUCAACAUUGAAGGAUGUGAUCUAUGACAUGGGCUUUGACGCUUGUUUAGGAAGCAAUGCAUGUGGUGUGGAAUGUGGUGUCGUAUCCAUAGCAGGAAUGACAUGUCAGUCUUGUGUGAAAAAGAUUGAAGAGAAGCUAUCGGGACUAGGCGGUGUGGAGAAAGUCAGAGUUCUUUUAGAGCGGAACUGUGGAGUCAUUAUGCUAAACAGGAAUAAAAUAGGUCUUCUGGAUAUUGUAGGGGAGAUCAGUGCUUUGGGAUUCAAUGCUGGCAUUGCAAAUGGAAUGCCCUCUGAAGACGAUGGGAAAAACAACAAAAGGGUUGUGAUUGGAAUCGAAGGGAUGACGUGUGGCUCGUGCGUGAAGUCCAUCGAGGGUCAUGUAGGGUCACUUCCUGGUGUGAGCACAAUCAAUGUCUCGCUGGCCAACAAAGAAGGGAUCCUUACCUAUGAUGCAACCCUGACCAGUGCAGAGAAACUCAAGGAGGCCAUUUAUGACAUGGGCUUUGAUGCUACACUUCCUUGUAGCACCCCACCAUCCCCAAACAAUGGGACACCUCUAGCCAUGGUCAUUGUAGGUAUCGAAGGGAUGACUUGCCAGUCUUGUGUGCGGUCAAUCGAAGACAGGAUAGGCACGAUUCAAGGAGUCACCAGCAUUAAGGUUUCGCUAGAGGAUAAGAUAGCGGAUGUGAAGUACAUGUCAUCUCAGAUCAAAGCAGAGGAGAUUCGCGUGGCAAUAUACGACAUGGGUUUCGAAGCAACCCUACCAGAAAGCUUUGACGUGAGCGCCCAUGACAAGAGCCAAAGGGCUACGCUCCGUGUCGAAGGAAUGACUUGCGGUUCCUGCGUGAAAAGUAUUGAGAACACUCUGUCGGACCAUCCUGGCUUGGCAUCCAUACAGGUAUCCCUAGAGGGAAAAUCAGCAACUUUGACCUUUGACCCCCAGGUCACGACACUACUGGCUAUCAGGGAUGCAAUUUAUGACAUGGGCUUUGAGUGCUACAUGCCUGAUCCAGACAAUGAAAGAACUGAAGCAGGAGUACUUGGCAUCCAGGGGAUGACUUGUAAUUCUUGUGUUAAGAGCAUAGAAGGAAUGCUAUCGGACAACCCUGCUGUGAGGUCAGCCAAGGUCAGCCUGAAAGAAGAGAAUGCAAUUGUGACCUUUGACCCCAACACCAUCACAAUGGAGCAACUAAAAGAGAUUGUGUAUGACAUGGGCUUUGACGUCACCAUAAAGGAAUCCCCAUUACUAGAGAUCAACUCACCAAACUCAUGCACACCAUCUUACUCAACAACUCAAGCGAGUGAACCUUUAUCCAAACAAUCACCCAUCACUCCCCAUGGCGCUUUCAUGCAAGAGGUAUCCCAGGAUUCAGCUGGACAGGAAGUGAAAGCUGACAGCAGCAAGAAGUGCUUCCUACGGGUCACUGGCAUGACCUGCAGUUCCUGCGUGGCAUUGAUAGAAGGCAGGAUGGCAAAGCGUGAAGGUAUCGAGAGCAUUCGCAUAUCCCUCAUGGCCCAGAAGGCUGAAGUGAAAUACAAUGCCAAGGGCUUGUCACCGUCAAAGAUUGCCAAUUUGAUAGACGACCUUGGCUUUGGUGCCGAGGUCAUCGACGCAGAAGUAGCGAAUGCUAAAGAAGGGGUCAUUGAAUUACAUAUAUCUGGCAUGACAUGUUCAUCCUGUGUACAUCUUAUUGAGUCAGCUCUCGUUAAAAAAACAGGGAUCAAGUUAGCCGCUGUUGCCCUGGCGACUAGCAGAGGUCACUUUGAAUAUGACCCCAAUCUCACAGGACCAAGAGAUAUCAUAUUGGCAAUCAAGGAGGCAGGUUUUGAGGCGAGCUUGGUUUCCAGUGAUAAGAAUGUACAUUCCAGCGUUGAUCAUUCCCAGACCAUCAACCAAUGGCGUCGGUCGUUCUUCAUCUCCUUACUCUUUGGUGGACCAGUCAUUGCCAUCUUGUUGUAUGAAAUCAUCAGUCAUCCUUCUCCUAAGUGUAUCUUCCCUGGGGUAUCUAUCCUCAAUCUCCUCCUCUUCCUCCUCUGCACACCGGUACAGUUUAUAGCGGGGCGAUACUUCUACAUUCAGGCCUACAAGUCCCUCAAGCACGGGGCAGCCAACAUGGAUGUCCUCAUCGUCUUGGCAACAACCAUUUCUUACACCUACUCUGUCAUAGUCCUCUUGAUAGCCAUAUGCCGGAGAUCUGAUACCAGUCCAAAGACAUUCUUUGAUGAGCCUCCCAUGCUCUACAUCUUUGUGACGUUAGGAAGAUGGCUGGAGCAUUACACCAAGGGAAAGACUUCAGCAGCCCUAGCCAAGCUCAUCUCUCUACAGGCAACAGAGGCUACCCUGGUCACUAUUGACCCCCAAGGUCAAAGGUCAGAGGAGCAGAUCAACAUUGACCUCUUGCAGCAUGGUGACCUGGUCAAGGUGCGUCCUGGUGAGAAGAUCCCUGUGGACGGAACGGUGGAGGAAGGGACGUCCAUGGUGGAUGAGGCUCUGAUUACGGGGGAGUCCAUGCCCGUCACUAAGAAGACAGGGAGUACUGUCAUAGGAGGAACCAUUAACCAGAAUGGGGUUCUUCUUGUCAAGGCUGUUCAUGUUGGAGCAGAAACAACUCUAGCCAACAUUGUGAAGCUGGUAGAGGAAGCACAGACAUCUAAGGCACCCAUCCAGAAGCUAGCUGACCGCAUCGCAGCAUACUUUGUCCCUGGUAUCGUUAUUAUCUCCUUGGUAACACUCAUCUGUCACAUUGCUAUGGGACUGUCUGGUAAUGGCAUGGUGCAUCCAUCUAGCUCUGAGACAUUGCCUGAAAACAAGACGAUGAUGAUCUGGCAAUACUCCUUCCAGUGUGCCAUCGCAGUUCUUUGCAUUGCUUGCCCCUGUGCAUUGGGACUGGCGACCCCUACGGCUGUAAUGGUUGGGACCGGGGUCGGAGCAACCAAUGGCAUCCUUAUCAAGGGAGGAGAACCUCUAGAAUUAGCUCAUAAGGUGAAGACUGUAGUCUUUGACAAGACAGGAACGAUCACCCAGGGUAGACCUACUGUGACCGAUGUGAUGGCAUUCCACAGCCAGGUGGAAACCUACAACACAGACAGACUCCUGGCGGUGGCCGGCUCAGCAGAGCUGGGAAGUGAACAUCCAGUAGGGGUAGCGAUAGCAAAAAGAGCUAAAGAGGUCUUUGGAACCAGUGCCCUUGCCAAGUGCAGUGACUUCCAGGUUGUGCCUGGAUGCGGUAUCAAGUGUUCCGUGGAUGCCCUCUCCUUGGAACUCCUCCUGCGUCGUCGUCAGCUUGGAGACGGUUACCAGGAUACAGUCCGGGUGGAGAUUGACAAUGCCACUGUGGAUGUGGUGUCUCCGACGACGGGAAACAGUGGGGGGUCGGCCAUCAUUCCAUCCGAGUCCACAGGACACUUUGCCAUGUCAAAAGGGAAUAGGACUGACCAUUAUCUGGUUGCUAUCGGUAACCGUGAGUGGAUGCAUCGUAACUUUGUUCCAAUGUCUGAUGGGGCUGAUGCUGCGUUAGGAGCAAGAGAAGAGUUGGGGCAGACGGCCGUCCUAGUGGCAAUAAAUGGUGAGCUAGUUGGUAUGAUCAGUGUAGCGGAUGCGGUCAAGCCUGAGGCAGCAGCAGCUAUCUGUACCCUCAAGAAGAUGAAACUGGAUGUCAUGCUACUGACUGGUGACAAUAAAAAGACUGCUCAGGUCAUAGCUGGACAGGUUGGUAUUGGGCAUGUCUUUGCUGAAGUUCUUCCUCAACACAAAGUGGAUAAGAUCAGAGAGCUCCAGAAGAGAGGUCAUAUUGUUGCCAUGGUAGGGGAUGGGGUCAACGACUCGCCCGCCUUGGCCCAGGCUGAGAUUGGUAUCGCCAUAGGAACAGGCACGGAUGUAGCGGUAGAGGCAGCCAAUGUGGUCCUGAUCAGAGAUGACCUACAGGAUGUGGUGGCGGCCAUUGAUCUAUCCCAUAAGACCGUGCAACGGAUUCACAUCAACUUCAUGUUUGCGCUCGUCUAUAAUAUUAUCGCCAUUCCCAUAGCUGCAGGUGCUUUGAUGCAGUGGGGUAUUGCCCUUCAACCCUGGAUGGCUGCUGGUGCCAUGGCGAUGUCAAGCGUGUCUGUCGUUACAUCAUCACUUCUACUUAAAUUUUACAAAAAGCCAGACAUUGAAAAGGUUCCUCAGCACCACCUAUGGCUCUCUAAAUGGCUUCCCACGGUCAAUAAACACAAACCUCUCUCGUCAGAGGACAUCGAGAUUGGUGUGCGGACGACCACGAGCAAAGGGCCAUCAUGGUUGCUAAGGACCAUAGGAAGGGACAACAGGUCGCGGGACGGCUACGGUAUCACCUUGCUUCGAGAGGAAGAUGACGAAGGUGCUCUUUGAAGUUGAAAGUUGAAUCCUUGUCCUGAAAUCAAAAUUGUUGUAUGCAAAUAGGAUUAUCAAAAGAAGCUUUAUUGAGCCUAGUCAUGUUCCUGGCAGAAUGGCACUUUCAAGAGGCCUUGGUGCUGCCCUUGUACUAGCCAUACGAUGAUCUGUUGUCUAGUUCGUCAUGUCUGCUAGCCACCCGAUGAUCUUUUCUAAUGCUCUUGGUGUUUCAAGUAUUUUGUGAAGCUUAAGUGGUGAUUGUUCAUAUGGUAUCUUUUCCCACCUAUUGUGUACAGGCAGAUACCAUGGAAUGAACAACGUGCCUGCUGAGACACAGAAGGACAUUAAUCAUAUUCUGUAACACAGAGCUAAUGCCCUUUUGGCUUUCAAUAGAUACACCAUUAACGUGCAACAGUUAGUGCAAUGCCUCAAAGUUUAACAAGAAUAAGUUACGGCCGCAAACUUCUUCAGAGCUAGGGUUGGCUGCAGAUGUAAAGGAAAGAAUAGAAGAACAUGAGACAGGAUCAAUUACAGGCAUUAUUCUUGCAUUUUCUGUGAGCCCUGACAGGGAGGCAUCACUAGUAAUAUAUAACAGAGAUUUAUUAGAAAUGUUUAGAAUUUUAUUUAUUACAUUAUUCAUGAAGCACAAAUUAUAAAUUGGAGGAGCUAAAUACAUUAUUUUAUUCUGCUGUGAUUUGUAUAACUUGUAAAACUUGUAAAACUUGUAAAAUACUGUUUAUGAGGAUAGAUAAUGCUAGAUUACCACUCUAAAACUAAAAGGCAUAUUUUUUGGAAAAGUGGUUUUUCUGUUUUUAGUAAAAGUUACAUUGUAAUUUGAAUGAAUCCAAUGGAAUGAUAAUAUAAUGUAAUUAAAUGUAUUGUUCCAUAAUACUGCAACUCUAUCUUAAUAAUAAUAGUUGGGCAUUUGUGUCUGGAUAUUUUAUGCACAUGUACAUUUCAAUAUUGCAAAUGCUUCUAAUGUUGAAUUGUGGUAGGAUAAAUCAUGUUCUAUAGAUAUGUAUUUCAUGAUAGGAUAAUACUUUAAUUUAUCACGUUUGUACAUGUAUCAUUGCAAAAGGCUUUAUAGAACUAUUGUCUCUUUAGACUAUUUCUAUUUGUGUUGUGUUAGUACAAUAAAACCAACAAAAAAACACCUCCUUUACUUUCUUUAAAAUAAAAAUAUAUAUAUGUUGGAGGUAGAAUCAAAUAGAUGGAACAUUUUGAUUCUUCAGAUGUUGAGUGGUAUUUAUUUGUUUUAUAAUCAUAUUGCUUUCAUCGUACAUAUGUAUUUCUACACAUUGCAAAUAGUACUAUUAUAUAGAUAUAUUUUGUACAAGUUUUAAAUACAUAGUGAUGGUUCAAUUAGAUGUCAUUUAUAUCCAUUACUCGUGAAUUUGUGAUAAUAGGCUUUAAUUGUAUUUAAUCUAAAUAAAGAUUUUACUAAAUUAGGAACUUGAUAGUAUAUUAGUCUAAAAUUAUCUUAGAAAGUGCAAUUUGAAAUGCUCCCUGACCGUAUACAUUUCUUAUUGAAUGAUAAGAAAUUUGACUUGGAUACAACUGCACAAUUUUUGAAAAAAUUAAUUUCAACUUUGAGGUACAUAAAUCCUAAGUUUUUGGUGCAACAUAUGUCUUGAAUCAUCGAAUACCAA